AUGCCAACUACUACCAACCCGUUCAUGCACCUCUCAGCCUGGUCACAUUCGCUUACUCAACGAUCCACCAACACCUCAUCAGUGCACGCUAAACAGUCGCAGCAGCAGAACCACUUCCGUCGCAGGCGACCAAAUAAGGCCUUCUUUCCUUCACUGGAAAUUUUCGAUAGGUGGCACAUGCGAGGGUGCACCACACUCAAAUGCCCCACCACUGCUACUCAACUCAGUAACCGCUCCGCUUUCAACUCCUUCGCAGCUAUUGUGUUCACACCCAACCACUCAGCAAUUCAUGGCAACGGACGAGGCUCUACCACCUCUUGCACCCUCAAGGCAUGCUUGCGGGGGCUCGUCGCGGCGACAUCGGCCCGAACAUGUCUCACUACUGGACUAACCAAACUUUAA